CAUCAGGGCUGUCUCAGUCGUAGAGGCUCACCCAACUUCACCAAAUGUUCAGAAGAUCUUUGCUCGAUGAAAAGAUGUGCCCUCAGUGUGGUGUGCUGCAUCGCAGUGCUGCUGGGGAGGUCCACCACCUGGGCCUGGGUGGGUGGCCUGUGUCGCGCACCUUCCACCGCGUGGUCAGUCUGCCGGCAGGCAAAGCAAACUCCCUACACUUCCGAUGAGUACUGGACCCGCAAGGCGCGAGAGGAUGGCGUGUCCGGUCCCACUCUGGGCGUGGGUCGACCGCCCGCGGAGGGUUCCCGCGGCGGAACCGGGCGGAACCGGCGGAACCGCGACGACCGGUGGCCAAGGCCUGCUCGUGCUUACUACAAGUUGGAGGAGUUGGAUCGAAGGCUGAACCUCUUCCAAGCUGGUGACAGAGUGCUGGAUCUUGGCUGUUGGCCCGGCUCGUGGACUCUCUAUGCUGCGAAGAAGGUGGGCCCCAGUGGACGAGUUCUGGGAAUUGACCUCAAAGAGGUCUCCAUUCCAUUACCUUCCAAUGCCAAGACUCGCGUGGAGGAUGCGUUCCGCUUCAAGGGCUCCAAUGUGCCCAUGCUGGAUGCGGUGAUCAGCGACAUGGCGCCCAGAACGAUGGGACAGAGAAGUGCUGAUCAGGGACGUUCUACGGAGCUGGUGGAAGUGGUCAUGAGCAUCGCCGAUCUGAAGCUGAAGGAGGGUGGAAGCAUGAUCGCCAAGCAUUUCGAAGGCGCCUCCACCGAGGAGCUGAGACUGAAGAUGAAAGCCCGCUAUGAACUGUGUCGCAUCAUCAAAACCAGAGCUUCCCGGACACAAUCCUGCGAGCUAUACCUCUGCUGUUUGGGCAAAAAGCCAAUGAGCCUGGAGGCCCCAUCCACUUGGCAAGCUCCGCCGCGAGUUCAAAGGACACGAAGAAAGCCAGCGCCGCGCAACUACAAUGGCUGGUAGGGCUGAAUUCUCUCCGAGCGGGCUGAGCGGGCUUCGCGCUGCUGGAGUGUCGGAA